UUGUGUUGGUUUAGCAUCUAAAUGGAAGGAUGCAUCAUCUGGACAACAUGUUGAAUAUGAUCAGCGGCCUGAUAUAUUCAGGGGCACGAUAAGAUAUGCAAGUGUCCAUGCACAUUUAGGUCGGACAGGAAGUAGAAGGGAUGAUCUUGAGUCAUUAGCUUAUACAUUGAUAUUUCUCAUUAAAGGAAGAUUACCAUGGCAGGGUUAUCAGGGAGACAACAAGAGUUUUCUUGUUUCUAAAAAGAAAAUGGGUACUUCUCUGGAAUUGAUGUGUUGCUUUUGUCCUGCCCCAUUCAAACAGUCCCUUGAAUCUGUGACAAAUAUGAAAUUUGAUGAGGAACCAAAUUAUGCCAAACUGAUAUCCUUUUUUGAGAGUCUGAUUGAGCCAUGCACGUCACUGAGACCAAUUCAAAUUGAUGGUGCCCUUAAGGUCGGGCAAAAGCGUGGAAGAUUGCUUAUAAAUUUGGAAGAAGAUGAGCAACCUAAGAAGAAAAUACGGCUAGGUAGUCCUGCUACCUAGUGGAUAUCAGUCUACAAUGCCCGUCGUCCCGUGAAGCA